CGGGCGCGGUGCAGGCGGCGCCAUGAGCAGCGCCCCGACGGGGCCCGCGGCGCCGCGGCUCUGCUGCCUGGAGAAAGGCCCGGACGGGUACGGCUUCCACCUGCACGGCGAGAAGGGCAAGCCGGGCCAGUUCAUCCGCCUGGUGGAAGCCGGCUCGCCGGCCGAGCGCUCCGGGCUGCGCGCCGGGGACCGCCUGCUGGAGGUGGACGGGGCGAACGUAGAGGGGGAGAGCCACCAGCAGGUGGUGGAGCGGAUCCGGGCCGCCGCCGGCUCCGUCCGUCUCCUCGUCGUGCAGCCGCAGCCCGAGGAGCACCCGCAGAAGCCCCCGAGCCCCCCCGACGGCGGCGAGGCUCAGCGGGACCCCCCGGCGGCGGAGCCCGCGGUGCAGGAGCGGAGCAGCGGCGGCAGCGAGCGGGAGCUGCGUCCCCGGCUGUGCCACAUAAAGAAGGGCCCCAAUGGCUACGGCUUCAACCUGCACAGCGACAAGAGCCGCCCGGGGCAGUACAUCCGCGCCGUGGACCCCGACUCGCCAGCCGAGGCAGCGGGGCUGCGUCCCCAGGACCGCAUCGUCGAGGUGAACGGGGCCUCGGUGGAGGGCAAGCAGCACGCGAAUGUGGUGGCCGCCAUCAAGGAGGGUGGCGACGAGACCAAGCUGCUGGUGGUGGACGUCCUCACAGACGAGUUCUUCAAGAAGUGCAAGGUGGUGCCCUCGGAGGCGCACCUGGCAGGUCCCUUGCCAGAACCCGUUGCCAACGGUGAUAUAGAGAAGGAGAACGACGGAGAGCUGCACUCAAACUUGGUGUCCGAGAGGUCCCCUAGCCCUGUGCUGGCCACGUCGCCCGACGGCAGCGAGACCCGCAGUGAGCCCGGCGCGCCAGAGGGUGACAAGCGCAGCUCGGCGUCCGGCUCCCUCCUGGACCUUGACAUCCCGCUGGCUGUGGCCAAGGAGCGAGCCCACCAGAAGCGCACCAGCAAGCGGGCGCCCCAGAUGGACUGGAGCAAGAAAAACGAACUGUUCAGCAACCUGUGAAACCGCCUCGGGGCGGGGGCGAGGGCUCCUGUCCCCACUGUCCCCCCUCUGGCCUCUCCUUUGUUCCUCUCGUCUCCGCCGCCCUGCCGUGGAGGACUGGGUUUGGUGGCUGGUGGGCGUCCCCAGGAGGGUGAGCGGAGGGGGGCUGGGGGUGCCCCCACUUCCAGCCUGGCCCCGGGUGCUCCCCCAGCCCCGGCUUGAAGUCCUGUGCCCCCGGGUAGGUGUAAAGGAGAGAUCUGGGGGGGGUUGGUGACUUGGGGUGGCCAGGUUUGAUGCCCAACACUUCCGGUCCCCUCUACCAGCUCUUCUCCCACCCCAAACCCCAUCCCUGUUCCUGUCCCCUUCCGAAUCUCCCUUUUUUUCUUCCAAACCUGAGGCUUUUGGUGACCUCUGCCCAGCCCCAGACUAUGCGAUUCCUCCCAGGUCGGUGCUCAUCCCCCCUGCCUGGCAAUGUCUGUCCACGAUGACCCCGUCCCUUCGCCCCAGACCCCCACAGUCACAGGGACAGGGACAUCCCAUGGCACCUUGCCCCGGGGCUGUUUUGGGAGAAAAGAGGGUGUCCGGAGCAAGCAAUAAUCACCUCCUGUGCUACCACUCACUCCUGGAGGCAGAGACGAUCAGGGUUUGCAUCUUACACUGUUUAAUUUAAAGGGUUCUCAAUAGCCUGUCUUUUUUUUUCCCCUCCAGAAGAAGAGGUUUUCCAAUCACACCGUUUAUUUUUUUUAAAAAAUGUAUUUUGUGGAAAUUCUUCCUGUGGACGUUUUGUUUCCAUGUUUCGCGGUCGGGUGCCGUGCUGACGAGCUCGAGAGAAAUUCUGUUGACUGGAAUAAAUCUUCCUGACUUCACGA